UAGCGGAUAGAUUAAUUAGUAUUUGGCCAUCUAUUAUAAAAAUUGUUAAUUAUUGGGAGUCUCUGCCUAAAAGUAAACGACCAUCUUGCAAAUCAUAUAAGUUUGUUGUAAAUGCUGGCGAGCAUGUUUGAACCGUUUCUGAAGCUCUAUCAGACAAAUGCUCCAAUGUUGCCUCACAUGAAUGGUGAUCUUGUGCAGUUGAUUAAGAGUAUUCUUAGGAUGUUUAUUAAAUCUGAAACUAUUGAGGCUACCUCAAAACUUACCAAAAUUGAUCUGCAAAAUAAAGAGAACCAUUUGAAACCCAGUGAAAUUGAUAUUGGGUUUGCUGCUGAAUUAUCACUGUCAAAGCUCAGAAAAAAUGAUGCAGUUAUUUUGAAGGAUAUGAAAGAAUUUAAAAUUCAAUGCAUGCACAUUUUAAUUUCAGCUGCUGAAAAGUUAUUUAAAAGAUGUCCCCUUGAUUUUGUGAUUGUUAACACGAGUACUUGUUUGCUUCCAAAUUUUUAUGCUCAGAUCACACCUGAAAAAAAUAGGAAUCAAAUGAAAAUAUUGCUGCAUCAUCUUAUUUCACUUGGAAUAUUAACUGCUUCUUAUUCUGACAAAGUUAUCAGCCAGUUCUCAAAGUUUAUUUCAUUAGAAUUUGCUCUGAAUCAGGAUGUUUUCAUUAGUUAUGAUCAAAAUAAUAAACGUCUUGAUGAUUUUUACUUCAAAAACAUUGACAUAAAAAAGUAUCCAGAGUUGUCAUCUGUCAUUAAGUUGGUUUUGACUCUGAGUCAUGGACAGGCAUCAGUUGAACGGGGGUUUAGUGUCAAUAAGGAUGUGGUUAACGAUAAUAUAUCAACAGAUGGUAUUGUUGGACGGCGUCUUGUGCGUGAUUUCAUGCUUACCAACAACCUCAACCCCCACUCUGUCCAGAUUACAUCAGAAAUGAAAGUUGCCUUUAAAUCUGCUCAUCAAAAAUACCAAAUCAUGCUUGAGGAAGAGAAGUCAAAGAAUAAAAAACAUGCUAUGUUAGAUCAGAAAGCCAUUAUUUUGUCUGAAAUUGAAGAGCUAAAAUCUAAAAUGGGUUUCCUUACAAAAACUUCAUUGAUGCUAGAAAAAGAGUUUGUCUUAACUGUGGAACAAGCGGAGAAAGAAAACAAUUUAUCAUUGGUCAGCAAAGCGAAUGCUUUAAAAAGGAAAAGUGAGGAGAAAAUGAAAGACGUAGCUAAGUUGCAGGAAACAUUGAUAUUAGAAGAGAAGAGAAAGAAACUGAAUUAACAAUAGUUGCUUUUUGACAAUUUGUUUGUUUAUAUAAAAUAUUGUUUAUGUUGACAUUUAUGCAAAUAUGGCUAAUUAAAAAACUUUAAUUAUAUUUUCAAUAUAAGAUUUUGCUUAAAAAAUAUAUGCAAUUUAAAA